UGAGAAUGAUUCAAUGUGGAUCGAUGAUACUACGAUUACGCCAUAUAAUACAUCUACUGAUAAUAAGACUUAUAUAUUAUUAGAUGAUCGUCAAAACGUUAGCGGAAAAGUUAUAAUAUUACCAGACCAUAUUUCGCAAACAACACGUUCGGCGUUAACGCAUAAUGCGAAAUUAUUCGAUGUGAAUAAAUUGUGGAAAGAUUUGAGUCAAUCUGCCGGAACGAAACUGUCGGAAUUUUUUCGGGGUGCAAAAAACGAAACAUUGGAUACGUUUGCAGCUUUUUCAUUCACACGAAAGUUGUUUGACGCAAAACAAUUAAAUAUGACAGAACGGGCAAAAACGAUACGUGAAAUAGGGGGACUUGAAACAUCGACAAAAACUCUUACAAAGUAACAAUUAUGUCAUCAGUUACAUAUAUGUCGUUGUAUAUUUAAGCACGUGUGUGUCGUUUUGUACAUACAUUUAUGACUACUUUGUAUUUGCUGGGAAUGGAUGCA